CCUACAGAGAGAAACGCCUCCCUCAUUUGAACUUCUCCAAAAACCCUUAAACGUACACCCUCCAAAACCCUUAACCUGCGCACACCAUGCCCUCCCCUCCUUUCUCCACCUCUCUUCCCCCGCUCUCCUCCUCCUGACAAUCCCACCCGUCCAUCAGUCGCCAUGUCCGCCGCAUCAAGAGGUCUCCUCUCUCGUCUCCUAUCUCUAUCCAUCCUUUCGCGAGCAAAUCCAACCGUCCAUUUCAGGAACUUCAGCGCAGAGUCCCUGUCUUCAUAUGAAUCAGAUGGCGACGUGCCAUCCACGAUCAUCGAGGCGACGCCGAGAGUGAUGCGGCCCACCUCCAAACGGACGGGUGCGAUCGCCGUCAAGUGCGGGAUGACCGCGCUCUGGGACAAAUGGGGGGAGCGGGUCCCGAUCUCGAUCCUUUGGUUGGACGAUAAUAUCAUAACGCAGGUGAAGACGAUCGAGAAGGAAGGAAUCACGGCAUUGCAGAUCGGGGCAGGGCAAAAAAAGGUGAAACACUUGACAAAACCUGAAAUGGGUCACUUUAGAGCUCAAGGUGUUCCUCUGAAGAGGAAGUUGAGGGAGUUUCCUGUGACAGAAGAUGCACUUCUUCCUGUUGGUACUCUGAUCACCGUUCGCCAUUUUGUUCCUGGCCAGUAUGUUGAUGUCACAGGAAUCACACGGGGAAAAGGUUUUCAGGGUGGGAUGAAGAGGCAUGGAUUUUCUGGAAUGCCUGCAUCUCAUGGUGCUUCACUGUCCCAUCGAAGCAUUGGUUCUACCGGUCAGAGAGAUGCUCCUGGGAAGGUGUUCAAAGGCAAGAAAAUGCCUGGGCGCAUGGGAGGAAAACAGUGCACAGUUAAAAAUGUAUGGGUCUACAAAAUAGACCCGGCUAGGAACUUGAUGUGGGUGCGAGGCCAAGUUCCGGGUGCUGAAGGGAACUUUGUCUUCAUAAAGGAUGCCGUCUACAAGAAACCUGAUAUUUCGUUGCUUCCAUUUCCAACUUACUUCGCACCACCAGACGAGGAAACUUCUGAAUUAGAACCUCUGGUUGCUGAUCUUGGAGAAACUGAUCCAUUCAUGGCUGCAGACUGACAAACCAUGAACGUGAUUUCUUGCCAUGCUGGUCUUCUGUUUGUUGCCAGAUCAGCUAGCUUCGAUCUCAUAUGUGAAUCUACAGAGAAUAGUUGGCGGAUUCAUGAUCCAAUAACCACAUGAGAGAGGUUAGUAGCUCGAUGCUUCUAUUACUUAAAACCUUACAGAAGAACACAAAGAGGAAGAGAAUGUAUUCUUGAGUCCAUUUUGGCUUGUAAUUUUGAAUCAAGGUAUUUGAAAUUUCUGCAGGAUUUAUUUCUUUUUUUCCUUUAUGGAAAAAUAAGGACUGGAAUUUUGUCUCGCCUUUGGAUCCGAAUUU